AAGUAACAAAGCUUAAGCCUACAUUUCCAUUCAGAAUCUUCAAGCCGAGAAACUCGUCCCUUCUAAAACCCUAAUCCUCUCUCAAACCCUAGACUCAACGAAGAUGACAGGAGAGGCCGUAAACCCUAAAGCGUAUCCGCUUGCAGAUGCUCAGUUAUCGAUAACGAUUCUUGAUCUUGUUCAACAAGCUACUAACUACAAGCAACUCAAGAAGGGUGCUAACGAAGCUACGAAGACACUUAACCGUGGAAUCUCCGAGUUUGUGGUUAUGGCUGCAGAUGCAGAGCCUUUAGAGAUUCUUCUUCAUCUACCCUUACUUGCUGAGGAUAAGAAUGUUCCGUAUGUGUUUGUGCCUUCAAAGCAAGCCUUGGGAAGAGCCUGUGGUGUUACAAGACCAGUCAUCGCUUGUUCAGUCACAUCAAACGAAGCUAGUCAAUUGAAAGCACAGAUCCAGUCGCUCAAGGAUGCUAUUGAGAAGCUUCUGAUCUAAGUAUUGACAGUCUCUCUGAUUGAUUGCUCGGUAUGAUGGGUCUCCGUGCAAAAGGAAGGCUUUGACUGAAGUUUUGUGUAGGCAACUACCAAAUAUCAAAAACCGUCCAUGAAUUCUACUAUCUUUUUCACUUAACGUUUUGAAUCACUUUUUCUGCAUUUCAGUUUCUUAAGAGUUUGUGUUGGUAUUUGGUUUUGGUGCUGUAUCGAAUCAUUGUAUCACUUAUGAGAACAUGCUUUAAUUAAUCUAUUUUUCCAGUAAAAAA